AGAGCUACCAUACUAUGAAAUAUGUACCUUACCACACUUGCCAUGAAAAGUGCUAUGGUCAGAUGGACAAUAAUGCCAUCAUCACAUAUGGUACCUUUACCACUACCAUCUUCUUCCACUCAUAAUGUAAGCUUGUGUUGGGCCUCUAAAGAUUUGAACUUGAGCACCCAAAGAAGUACAGGUCUUUGGUGUGCCGCAAGGAGGCAAAUUAGGUACCAAGAUGGUGAUGAAGAUAGAGAUGAAGAGUAUGGGCAUAAUGAGGAAGUUGCUGAGUUAGAGUUCUAUAGUCAAUCAGUAAAAGGAGAAGCACUCCUUGUUCAUGCACUGGUGGACCAGGAAGAAGUAGAUGUGCUUAUCUUCAAGGGGUUCUCUUCAUGCUUGAGCUACAGCACCUCCCCUGACCCAACAAGGAGCAUUCUUCCAGCCAGGGCAGUGAUAGUGUCCAUAGAUAGAAUCAAAGGACCUUUUGACCCUGCCAAUAUAGAAUAUCUGCAGAAGGGUGUAACAUGGGAAGAAUUCAAGAAAAAUGUUCUCUCUAAUUAGAAAGCAUGUAAUUUUGUUCUUGAACUUUUUUCAAACAAGCU